CCAUGCCAUCAUUACCUGAUCAUCUUGAACGAUGAGUACGCUGGAACAUGAAUUAUUCGGGUCCUUUGAUUCAGAUGACUCUGAGCACGACAUAAUAGGCUACAAUGAGCCCGUCCUUGAAAAAGAAAAGGAAUUAAGCAUAACAACGAUAGCGACAUCCACAACAACAGCAAAAGAAUACGAUAUACUGCUCGAUAACGUAUCGCUAUCCCUUCGUUCUGAUCCUAUCUUUCAGAGUAUUAUGAAUUGCACUGAUGAUGAAGAUGACAGUAAUAGCUGUACUCCUUCAAAUUCACGCCUGGAAAGUAUGCGCCAUCAUCACCAGUCCCAUCCAUAUAUUGAGGGCCUGACUCUCCACUCCAACAUCUUAACACAUCAAGAUCAAGCUAAACUCAUGGCUCAGAUCACCGAAAAAAACUUUUUCAAGGGCGGUCAACAAAACCAAGCCAUGUGUUUCGGAGAACGCGAUCUUGAAUGGCUAGAAUGGCUUGAAGAAGUGAUGAAGGAACGCGGAGUGCUGAGUGAACCCUACUGUCGAGGUGGUAUUAAUGGCUGGACCGAAAGAGACCCUCUGUUUGAUCAGAGCAUUAUGAAUCUGUACUACCCAGGCGAUGGUAUCAAACCCCAUGUGGAUUUAGCACGAUUUGAGGAUGGUAUCAUCAUUGUGUCGCUAAUUUCUGCAAUCAACAUGGACUUUUAUCCAGCGAGAAAACCCAUGUCUCCAGAAGACCCACCAGAAGGUAGCUCCACAUCUUCCCGAUCCAGUUCAUUCACUGAAGAGUCACUAGUAGAAAGGAAACCCAGCUUCACAGUCCGUCUAAAACCAGGAUCAAUUAUAAGUAUGCAGGGUCCUGCAAGGUAUUUAUGGGAGCAUGGGAUUCAGGAAACUUCACAAGAUCUAGUAAAUGGAGAAUGGGUUACAAGGAAAAUUCGAGUCAGUGUCACUCUUCGUAAAAUGCGAGCAGCUGCCUGGGAAGUUGGUAGGCCAAGUGCUCUCGACAAUGGAGCUGCAGAUAGAAAAUAAAUAUUACGUAUAAUACAAUUUAAAACUAUAAUCCGCUUCAUUUGGUCACGAUCCCAUAUUCUUUG